AUGCUGCGGGGCGUGUCGGGCCUCGAGUCACGGAUGGGAACAUGGGCGCGGCCGCUCUGGAGGGCGCCGCUGUUGCGCCAGCGAGCUACAUCUUCAGUGGCCUUGGGGGUGUCGAGAGAAGGUAGUGCUACGGGGGCGAGGGCGAGAGCGUUGAGUUUUGCCUCUACGGUACGAUACAUCCAGCUACAGAUUGAGGGGAACCUCCUACUCUCUCGGGCCCUCACGACUGCCAGGACAACAACAGUCGCGCAAGUCCGCUCCGCCAGCACCUACUCCUACGCCCGCGACGCCAAUGACCUCCGCCUUGCCGAAUCUGUCGAGUCCCGCAUUGCCGCCAUCCCCAUCUCCCGCUACCGCAACUUCUGCAUCGUCGCCCAUAUCGACCACGGCAAGUCGACGCUUUCCGACCGCCUGCUCGAACACACCGGCACGAUUUCUCCGUCGGGCGAAAACCGUCAGAUUUUGGACAAACUAGAUGUGGAAAGGGAGAGGGGGAUUACGGUGAAAGCGCAGACUUGUACGAUGAUUUAUAAGAAUCCUAAAGAUGGGGAGGAUUAUUUGCUGCAUUUGGUUGACACGCCGGGACAUGUGGACUUCCGUGCGGAAGUUACCAGGUCAUAUGCCAGCUGUGAUGGCGCCCUUCUGCUCGUGGACGCAAGCCAGGGCGUGCAGGCGCAGACGGUAGCGAAUUUCUAUUUGGCUUUCGCCCAGGGGCUGACGCUGGUUCCUGUCGUCAACAAGAUUGAUUUACCGACUGCGGAUGUCGACCGCGCUCUCGAGCAGCUGCAGACGUCGUUUGAGCUGGACACGUCGAAAGCGGUGCGGGUGAGCGCAAAGACGGGGCAGGGCGUGCCGGAGAUCCUGCCGGCCGUGAUAGAGAAUGUGCCGGCGCCCACAGGAGACGUGAAUAAGCCGUUGAGGAUGUUGCUGGUAGAUUCGUGGUAUGAUACCUUUCGCGGGGUGGUUUUGUUAGUCAGGGUGUUUGAUGGCUGUGUCAAGGCGGGGGAUAGGCUGGUCAGUUUUGCGACGGGGAAUGAGUAUGUUGUUGGGGAGGUGGGGAUCAACUAUCCGAAUCAGGUGCCGCAGAAGGUAUUGAGGGCCGGGCAGGUCGGGUACGUGUUUUUCAAUCCCGGGAUGAAGAAGAUUCAAGAUGCAAAGAUUGGGGAUACGUUUACCACGGUGGGCAGUCAGGGAGUUGUCGAGCCGUAUCCGGGGUUCGAGGAACCGAAGCCGAUGGUUUUCGUGGCGGCAUUCCCCACUGAUCCGAGCGAUUAUGCGAAGAUCGAGGAUUCAAUUCAUCAGUUGGUGUUGAAUGACCGCAGUGUGACGCUGCAGAAGGAUUAUUCCGAGGCGUUAGGGGCCGGAUGGAGGUUGGGGUUCUUGGGGAGUCUGCACUGCUCUGUUUUUCAGGACAGGCUUAGACAAGAGCAUGGUGCCGAUAUCAUCAUCACGGAACCAGCCGUGCCCGUCAAGAUUUCGUGGUCCAACGGCGACCCGGACACGAUCAUCACCAACCCGGCAGAGUUCCCCGACACCGACGACGUGCGCAUGCGCAAGGCUACUACCUACGAGCCCUACGUCCUGGCAACCAUCACCCUGCCCGAUGAGUACCUCGGCAGAGUAAUUGAGGUGUGCGAGAACGCCCGCGGCCAGCAAAAGUCCCUCGAGUUUUUCCACGCCACGCAGGUCAUCCUCAAGUACGAAGUGCCCUUGGCCAGCCUGGUCGACGACCUCUUCGGCAAGCUCAAGGGUGCGACAAAGGGAUAUGCCACGCUGGACUACGAGGACGCGGGCUGGCGAGAGAGCGAUUUGUGCAAGAUGAAUUUACUUGUCAACAAGAAGCCCGUGGACGCGAUUGCGCGCGUCGUGCACUCGAGCCAGGUGGAACGGCUUGGCAGACAGUGGGUGACUAAGUUCAAGGAGCAUGUCGAGCGGCAGAUGUUUGAAGUGGUGAUUCAGGCGGCCGUGGGGAAGAGGAUUGUUGCGAGGGAGACGAUCAAGCCGUUUAGGAAGGAUGUGUUAGCGAAGCUGCAUGCUAGUGAUAUUACGCGGAGGAAGAAGCUUUUGGAGAAGCAGAAGGCGGGGCGGAAGAGGUUGAGGGCUGUAGGCAAUGUGGUUAUUCAGCAAGAAGCGUUUCAAAAGUUUUUGGCGAAAUGA